GUUCAAAGCGUGUAACAAUCUUGCAUCAUGAACACCUUUGCGUUCUUUAUCCUGGCCAUCCAGGCUUGCUUCGUACAGAAUGUGUACAGCCAAUGCUUGCGUGGUGGUGCCUUCGGUCCGGCAAAUGCUUAUGCCUUAGACGCUGGUUAUGGUUUGGCAAGUCCGUAUGCUCUGGAGGCGGGUCUGGCUCCAGGGUUUCUUUCUCCAGCUGGUUUGGCUCCAAAUGCUUUAGCUGGAUUAGCUGGUGCUGGUGCUUAUGGCGGUAGUGGUAUUGGCGAUAUAACAGUCGCUGGUGAGAUGCCCGUCGCUGGAACCACCCUCGUCGCUGGACAGGUGCCUAUCCUAGGAUCUGUUGGAUUCGGAGGUCGUGUUGCCGCUGGUGGAACCGUCUCCAUCGCUGGAGGUAGCGCCUGCGGUUGCGGUCGCCUCUACUGAACAUGAUUUUUGUUCGU